AUGGUUGAACUUAAUAAGGACUUGGAUGCAAAAACACCAAAGGUAUUGCUGGGACCUGCCGAACAUAACGCUAAGUUGCUAGUAAGACAUGAGAUCAAUUGUGAUAUGGGUGAAGGAUUUGGACCUUGGAAGUUGGGGCCGGACGAAGAAAUCAUGCCAUUGAUCGAUCGAGCUAACAUUGCUUGUGCAGGUCAUGCUGGUGAUCCCAAGAUUAUGGAGGAUAUGGUCAGGCUAGCUAAAAAACACGAUGUUAAAUGUGGUGCUCAUGUUGGACUACCUGAUAAAGAAGGUUUUGGAAGAAGAAUUUGGUUAAUUGAUCCUGAAGACAUUUACCGGCUAACUAUCUAUCAGACUGGUGCUUUGAAAGGGUUCCUUCAAGCAGAAGGGGUCGAAUUGACGCAUAUCAAGCCUCAUGGGGAAUUAUAUUUUUAUGUCGAAAGGGAUGAAAAUGUCAUGAGAGCAGUCAUAAGAGCAGCCAAAGUGUUUGAUGUGCCAUUGGUUGCUGGUAAGUCAGCAAGGUAUACUCAACUUGCAGAAGAGUACGGGGUCAAGCUCAUUCAAGAAUUUUAUCCUGAUUUGAAUUACACCCCAGAAGGAACUUUAUGUAGAAUCAAAGCGGGUCCCAAAAGCCUUAAAACUCCGGAAAUUUUGGCUGGGCAUAUUAACAAGGCAUGUAUUUCUGAUGAAGUCGUUGAUAUUGAAGACACCACCUUGAAUCUUGGCUUUAGCGGAAGUCCCCUUAGUUGCUGCUUACAUUCGGAUAUGCCAAAUGCUCUUGGUAAUGUGAAGGCCGCAAGAGGUGCUAUUGAUGAAGUUAACAAGUCGUUAGGAUUAUCCGUAAGAAAGUAA